AUGCUACCAAAAGAAACAGAAAGGGCACUAACAGAACGGGAAGCUGUGAGUCCCAGAAUAAUAAGAGCAUCUUUUAGAACAGUGAAACAGAAGGUGAACAUGUCGGUAAUACAGUGUUAUGCACCAACAAAUGAUAAAGAUGCAUCUGUUAAGGAAGAAUUUUACAUGCAGCUUCAAAAUAUUAUAAAUAAUGAAACAAGGGGCAACUUAAAAAUGUUGAUGGGUGACUUGAAUGCUAAGAUAGGAUCAGACAACACAGGUUAUGAAGAAAUUAUGGGAAGACAUGGUCUAGGAGUAAUGAAUGAAAAUGGAGAAUUGUUCACACAUUUUUGUGCAGGUAACCAGGAUGUCAUGGUGGAAGUAUUUUCCCUCAUAAACGAAUACACAAGGCAACAUGGGAAUCACCAGACCAUGAGACAACUAAUCAAAUUGACCACCUAUGUAUUAACAAAAAGUUUAGAUCAUUCCUUUACGAAGUUAGGGCUUUCAGAGGUGCCGAUGUAUCUACUGACCAUUUCCUGGUGGUAA